AACUGACCUCCUCUUCUAUCAUUUACCAUCGGACUGUUAAACAUGACUCUACUAUACGUUGCUGUACUUUUUGCUCUGUGUGCCAUAUGCAGAUCGGUUGAUCUAACUAUUGUAGGCACAAAGACAGUUGUAUAUGCAGAGAUGUAUAAAAGACCUGUAGGAAGCUCAGUUACUGGAUUUGGUUUUGACUUUGGCAGCGAAGGAAGUGUCAGCGGAAGCGGAAGUAGCAGUAACACCGACAGUAGCAGCAGUAGCAGCAGCAACACCGACAGUAGUAGCAGUAGCAGCAGUGGCAGCAGUAGUAGUAGCAGCAGCAGCAGUAGUAGUAGUAGUAGCAGCAGCAGCAGCAGUAGCAGUAGCAGCAGCAGUAGUAGCAGCAGCAACAGUAGCAGUGGUGUUUUCGGGAAAAGAGAAUGGCGGUAUAACCACUAUGGUGUCGUUGUCACAACGUAUGAUAACCAGAAGUGGCUUGUUUACAACACAAACGAUUAUGGACAUGCCAUGGACACUGCCAUUAUUGAAGCAAGCCGUAUGUCCUCAUCAUGGUCAAGAUCCAAAUGCGGGACCGUACACUCUCAUACCGUCUAUGAUUUCAUGGCUGCCGGAAGAAUACCGUGCACAUACAGUAUGCUGUUUUGCAGUGACGAAACUGCUUCAGAAGCAAUGUGGAAGCUUGUUUCUAACACUCAUUGUUGAGUCACGUGAUAAAGUCGUUCAUAAAAACUAAAUCUGAA